AGAAACAUUAUAAAACCCAUAACAAUUGCUCCUAUAUAGUAUGCACUAAAUGCGAAGUUACUUUGUUUCACUUCACCAUGAAGUUUAAUGACAAUGAGUUUUCCAAAGGAAAGAACUCACAGCACGGCACCUCCAAAAAGUUGCUGCUGCUAGCCUUCAGUCUAGUUUUCCUCACUAUAAUCCCUCUCUACCUGUUUUCAACUUCACAUUCUCCACUUUCAUCUCCUAAGAUUGAUGUCAGUGAUUUGAGAAACAUAGGAAUGGUGAAGGAAUGUGACAUCUUUAGUGGAAAAUGGAUUCCUUAUCCUAAAGGGCCUUACUACACUGAUGCAACUUGUAGCCUAAUCAUCGACCAGCACAAUUGCAUGAAGUCUGGGAGACCUGAUACAGAGUUCAUGAAAUGGAGGUGGAGACCAGACGAAUGUGAGCUACCGUUCUUUAAUGCAAAGCUGUUCUUGGAACUUGUUAAAGGGAAGAAGAUGGCCUUCGUCGGAGACUCCGUAGGUAGGAACCAAAUGCAAUCAUUGCUGUGUCUCUUAGCCAGUGUGACCUAUCCCGUGGAUAUUUCUCAUAGAUAUGCAGUAGACACGGCAUAUUUCAAACGCUGGUUCUACGCUGAUUACAGGUUUACCCUUGCGACUCUUUGGUCUCCAUUCUUGGUUAAGUCCCGUGAUGCAGACCCCAGUGGUCAUUCCCUCAACAGCCUGAUGAGCCUUUACUUAGACCAAGCUGAUGAGGCAUGGGCUAGCGAGAUUGAAAAUUUCGACUAUGUGAUCAUCUCAGCUGGACAAUGGUUCUUCCGUCCUCUGAUAUACUACAUGAAUGGUCAGGUUGUGGGUUGUCAUAACUGCUAUAUGGACAACAUUACUGCUAUUACAAAGUACUUCGGCUACAGAAUGGCAUUUCGAACUGCCUUUAAGACCCUUCAAAGCCUAAAGAACUACAAGGGCAUUACAUUCUUAAGGACGUUUUCUCCUUCACACUUCGAAAAUGGAGCAUGGAAUGAAGGAGGGAAUUGUAUCAGGACAAUGCCCUUUACAACCGAGGAAAAGAAGCUUGAUGGUUAUGAAUUGGAAUUCUACCUGACACAAGUUGAAGAACUAAGGAAAGCACAGAAAAAAGGGAGGAAGAGGGGCGCGAAAUUUGAGCUACUACCUACAACAGAAGCAAUGCUGCUGAGGCCAGAUGGGCACCCAAACCAUUAUGGGCGCUCACCUCAUAGCAAUGUGACUGUAGCUGAUUGUGUUCACUGGUGCUUGCCAGGCCCCAUUGACACUUGGAAUGAGUUGUUGCUUUAUAUGAUGAGGAGGGAAGCUCGGGGAUCUUUCAAUGAGAAGCUACAGAAAAAUAUUUCAAGAAAAAUAUGAAUACAACGGUAUAUUAUCAACACCAUCCAUUUAUUAUUCUUUGUAAUCUUUGUUUCUGUAAUUAUUUAUCAUUUACAAGUAAAUGAAGUGGUUAAGUUCCCUCGCA